AUGGGUUUUGUUGUUGGGUUAAUCGUAGGAUUUACAAUAAAUGAAUUUCUACGUACGAAUCAACGAAAUUUAUCAAAGAAAGAUUCUAAAACUGACGAACGCGAAAAUCACCAUAACGUUCAACUGCGAACUGACAUUAUUGAUAUAUCAACAUCACCAACCGAACGAAUUCAUCAAUUACAAGAAGAAUUCGAUUUAUUAACAAUGAAUCCUUUAAUUAAAUUAGAAAAGUAUAAAGACAUAUUACAAGAAGAAAUUAAGUCGGAAAUUGAUUAUUUAGACGAUUUUACUGAAAAUUUAAAAUUAUUUAUUCAACAGGAAGAAGCCAUAUUGGUUAAUGGUAGUAACGAGGAUACUCUGACAUUGAUGAAUAUUUUGUUGAUUAAUUAA